CCAGGCACCAGCAUAGAUCUCGUGCUCGCCACUAUUAUUCUGCACAGCAACGCAUCAGCCUUCUGGAACCAUCUCGCCGCCGCCACACCACAAUCCACAACCCGUCGAAGCGAAGCAAGCAAUGGCCGGAGUCGGAUCGAAGGCCCUCGCCGUUGCCGCCGUUCUGGCGGCCGUCUCCUUCUCGGUGGCCGCCGCGGCCGAGGCGCCCGCGCCCAGCCCCGUCUCCGCCGCCGUCGCGGCGUCGUCGCCCUUCGCCGCGGCUCUCGUCGCCUCCGCCGCCGCCUUCCUCUUCGCCGCCGUCCGCCACUGAGCCGAUGGGGCCUCGUGCCUGCAGGCUACCUAGCAGUACUUCCCCCGCCGCCGCCGCCGCCGCCUAGAUCUAUUUAUUGGAGUGCUAUCCAGUAGUACUAGUAGUAGUGAGAUUUGUUCGGUGCUGUCGUGUCGUCGUCGCAUUUUGGUCGGAUCUGGUUUCCUUGGUGCAGGGAGGGUUUCUAUACCAUGUCGCGGUGUCGGUUGUGUGAUCUCAUCCCCCCCUUGUAGAUAGUACUCUGCUAUCUCGUCGUGAUCGUGAGUGGUGAUUCUGUCUGGUUGAUAUUUGCUACUGAUAUUGGUCCCAUUUGAGAUAUGCGUUGCUGCUA